UCGCAGCCAAGGAAUGAAAAAUCAAUAAUAUAGCUUUGCUCUCGUUCAAAGUCGAGAUCGCCAGGAACAAAUCAUCAGAAAGAAACGCUAGGUUGUGUGCAUUGUGAAGAAGAGUAGUACUAAAGAAGUAUUGUGAAAUUAAAACCUAACCCAAAGCUACACGAUGGCCGACAACGAACAAAAAGCGAUGCAGCUGAUGGCAGAAGCGGAGAAAAAGUUAAAUUCAUCGAAAAGCUUCUUCGGAUCACUAUUCGGUGGCGGUUCGAACAAGGUGGAAGAGGCCGUAGAAUGUUACCAACGGGCGGCAAAUAUGUUUAAAAUGGCUAAGAAAUGGAGCCAGGCAGGAUCUGCGUUCUGCGAGGCUGCCAACCUGCACGCCAAAGCAGGCAGUCGACACGAUGCGGCCACCAACUACGUGGAUGCAUCGAACUGCUAUAAGAAAACCGAUCCAAAUGAAGCUGUUAACUGCCUGCUGAAGGCAAUUGAUAUUUACACCGACAUGGGAAGGUUCACAAUGGCUGCAAAACAUCACCAGAGCAUUGCGGAAAUGUACGAAAAUGAAGCAAACGAUUUGCAAAGAGCCGUGCAGCAUUAUGAACAGGCGGCAGAUUACUUCAAGGGCGAAGAAUCCACCAGCUCUGCUAACAAGUGCAUGCUGAAGGUGGCACAGUAUGCGGCACAGCUGGAGGAUUACGAAAAGGCGAUACAGAUCUACGAGCAGGUGGCAGGAUCGUGUCUCGACAGCUCGCUGCUGAAGUACAGCGCCAAAGAGUACUUCUUCCGUGCGGCGCUUUGCCACCUGAGUGUGGAUCUGUUGAAUGCUCAGCACGCGAUGGAGAAAUACGCACAACAGUACCCAGCAUUCCAAGACUCGCGAGAAUACAAGCUUGUGAAGACGCUCUGCGAACAUUUGGAGGAACAAAACGUGGAUGGGUUCACUGAAGCUGUCAAGGAGUACGACAGCAUUUCCAGGCUGGACCAGUGGUACACAACAAUCUUGCUGCGAAUCAAGAAGCAGGCCAACGACAAUCCGGACCUGCGAUAAGCAGCUUACACCAAGAAUAUCUAUCACAAUCGCUCUCGAUUGGUCUAUUUGUGCGCCCGGUCGGUGGCAAUCGACAACACCACAUCCGUAACCGUUGUUUAGUUUUUUUGGACCGCAUGUUGGGUUCAUGGAAUGAUUUUAUUGAACCGAGUGCGGUCAAGGCUUGUGUUCGCUCGUACAACAUUCACUCGUUGCUCUAUCUUUUUUUUGCGGUAUCUAAUGACGGUAUUGGUACACGGGCGUGAACACUUUUUAACCCCAUUUAUCCUACUGGAUUUAAUGGAAACAGUAAACCAUAAAUUUUAUCUUCUCUAAAAGCUAAGUACGAUAACGGAAAUUGAAAAACCCUCACACAAUAUUCGCUGAACACAACAGUAAACUGUAAAAAAUAUCGAAAUCUACCACCCGUUUUAGUGUAAUAACAUUGCCACCAAUGCUCGUGCGCCCCAUUUUACCUCGACAAACGGGAAUCCUUUAUUGCGUUUACAUUAUACGUUGAGUCUUAACCUGUAGCAAGCUUAUUAUAUUUUGUUAUGUUAAUAAAUUUAACUGCACCUAGGUAUUAAGACGUUAAGCAGCAGUACACAUCUUAUAGUAACGGACACAUAUGGAUUGAAUGGGUAAAGUUGAACGAGAACUCUGGGGCACACCACACCACUACAGCGCAUCGUUUGCAGUGCAACAGAAAAAGAAGCUUUCAUCCUUGCUCACUAUUCCCGUGGCGUGGAUUUGUUUUGUGCGCGUUUGUUUUUUGCUGCAUAUUAUACAUUAUGCCUGCCAGCAAUAGCAAAACGUUCAAUAGGCUAGUGAAUGCGAUUCCCUUUCGGGUUUUUGUGUGACCGUCCGGACCGGGCGGUUCCACUAUCCGCGGGGCGCUUCGAAAGGGGCAUUAACAAGUAAUAAUAGUAUUGAUUCGCUACAAUUCGACAUAGACGAGACAGAUAUAGAUUAUCUAGUAAAAAAGUAAAACAGCAACAAUCCAGUAUGUAUCUUCAACCCCAGCCAGGCAGUAGCGAGGAGUUAGAAUCAAUCACAUUGUUACUACCAUAUACUUAUACUCGUGGCGUACGCUGGCUCGUGUGCAAAUGUAGAUCCCAAUUGCCACGCGUAGUCAUUACACCACAUCCAGAAACCUACCACGAUUACUGUGUGUCCGGCAAUGGUCACACCGUCGUGUGGCGCAAAUACGUGCUAAGAAAAAGUAUGGAGCAUAAUCGGAACGAACAGAUCUUUGCAGUUACGAUCAGCAAGUUAAUCAGCAGCACUAGCAGAAGUAAAACAAAAACCGUUAAAAAGGCCUGACAAUGGAAGGGCUGAAAUUAUCACUUUCUUGCUAAACAAAACAACAACAUUGAACUAUUAUUAAUGUAAACGAAGUGACGGGAAAUAUAAGCGUAAUGUAUUCUCGAUAAUAUGCGACAGACAGCGAAAAAAAAAAUGUGGAGUCAGAAGAAGAACGGGAGAGUAAAAUAUACUAACGAUUACAUGUUUCCAAUUGAAUUGCAAUAACAAAACUACCGUGAAUGAAGUCAAUAAAAUAAAAUCAACGCUAUAAACAAA